AUGCGCAACGGAGACUUGAAGAAACCGGCGAAAUGCGUCCUUCCCUACCGGAAAGGCGAUGAGCAUCACGACACAUACGAGCUCAUGCCCCUUCCAGAUUCGACUUUCCACCAAUUCGCGGAGUUGCCCGACAAGAUCAAGUCCAGGAUUUGGCGCGAGUUUUACUUGGAACCCAGAUACUACAUCGCAGAGCUUCAUCCAAAAGACGAUAAGAUAGAAGGCAAGGACUACAACUGGGUUCUGGAAUCUUGCGAUGAGACAACGCCCGGCGAAGAACCUUGCGAAGAGGAAACGGCCGAAGAGGAUGCCUCCAAGAAGAUGACCCCGGUGGGCAAUUCUUCAAAAAGAAGCACUCCGCAAUCCGACGCCCUACAUACCAAUGCUCUCAAGGGGCAACCAUAUGACGAGUAUCUAUCCGAUGAGUAUAGUUCCGAAGAGGAAUCUUCAGAGGAUGAAGCUGCUGAGAAUGGAGAAGCUGAGGAUGGAACCGCAGAGAAUGGGACGGUCGAGAAUGGGGCUAUCAGGGAUAGAGCCAUCGAUAAUCCAUUCGACGAGCUAGAAUUCGACCAAGUAGAUGAUGAGUUAGACAACGUGGAGGGCCGUGGUUCCACUAAUUCACUCAUCCGGCCAUCAAGCAACGGCUCAAACCCAUUCGACAAAGAAAACGAGGAAACGGAGAAAGCAACACACCGUACAGUAUUUUGGACUCUGUCCAGGCAGGAUGCAGAGUACUCGGAUGGUUACUACGACUCCGUCGACACCAAUAUCGAUUCUUUGUCGAGAUCCGUUGCUCAAAGCGUCAGGUCGCCAUUCUGGUUUUCAGCAUUCGUCAAGGACGAGCCUGAGGAGGGCGAAGAAGGUCCCUGGAUUGCGAUCCCUCCACCAAAAGAUUUGGCAUCAAAAAUGGGAGGGAAUGUUACCAUCAACUGGGACAUCGAUUUUGUCCACGUCAAGGUGCGCUUCCGCACAUGUGUCACAGAAAGCAUCGGCUGGAUGCAAAACAUCCAGAACAUCGUCGUCGACACGAAGCCUUUCGUAGCGCGACGCCCGCAGCAUGUCACAAACACAUGUUUCUGGAUGUGGACCAACAAAGCAACACUUUCAAACCUCAAGACUAUCCGACAAAUCGCCGCCCCAGAGUGCCAAGUUCCCUUCUGGCAUUCAGAGUGGUGUCACUACCAGAUGAGACACCUUCUCCGUUUCGCGCCUGGAACUCCUCCCCAGUGGCGCGAUAUUCAGUCCGAACUGGUGUCUGAUGAGUUCUGGCUUCCACCGGACAACUUACCACGACAACCCGAGUGGAAGCAAUUCGUCCGGGACUUUUUCGGCAAGUUAAGACACGCAAUUGGGAGUCGGACCUUCAAGAAUUACAUGAGGGUCCCCCAUCGCUCCGACAAAGAUGAGGCAAAAGGCGCACGAGUGCUUUUUGAUGUCGUCAAGCGACAUCCAAGCCAUUUCCACGGCGUACUCUUCCAUUCCCCUGAUAAAUGCGGUCAUAAAUUCACUGCAGCAGAAAUAGUAUAG